CUUACGUUUAUAAUUCUCCUACCAUUUUUUUUGGCGUUUUCCUUUAUCAUACCUGCGAUCGUCUUUCAGUCUUUAUACGGGACAUCUGUCGUUACGUGGAGACUCUCUUUGGGGUUAUGCUCGAACAAUCUUUCAUGGACGACUGCGAUUAUGGUUUCGUACGAUUUUCAAUGUUUUCGAAUGAAAACGUUUUUCUUCGUGUCCUUGUGUUAUUUUAUUGAAUUUUUUUUUCUUUGGAUUUUCUACCAUUCCUAAAUACAAUGGAUGCUGCGUCCGAGGAUAAUAUGCUUAUUGACAUUAAGGUCUCGUCCAGUGUUGGUGUCCUUCAUGGCAUCGUCGAACCUUCCCUCGUGGGUUUGGUUAUGGACGUUAUAAGCGAAGAUGAGAAUGAGAUGAAAUUUGCAAAAAGUAAUAUACCUUCCAUCGCAGAAGAAGAGAAUGAGAAAUAUGAAAAAGAAGAUGAGAACGAAGACGAGAGUGAAAAUAUGGAAGCAGUUGGUACCAAAUUGGAUAAUAUUGAAAUGGAUGAUGAAGAGGUUACACCGUACGAGGAAGAGGAAGAGGAAGAAUCUGUCGAGGAUGAAGAAGAAGAAGAUGAAGAAGAACACGUAACAACACAGUUGUCAGGGACGAGUAAGAUCAUUGACACGGAAUCAUUUUUCAUUGUGAAUGAAAUCUCUCCAGAGGUCUUUCGUGAUCGACGCGCAAUGAUCGACAAGUUCAAGGAACUGGUGCCGGAGCAAGCCGAGCUUCGAAGAAGAAACAGACUAUUGGAAUACUGGGUGUUGAGGAACUCGGGGAAGGUAACCGCACGUAUGGCGACUUUACAUAAAGACGAGAACGAGGAAGUUCUGGAGCAAUAUUAUAAGGAAGUACUUGAGGACUACAAGCGUCAGCUGGACCUGGUCCUCGAGAAGAAGAACGAGCUGGUCAAUGAGAUGUCGUAUUACAAUGACAAGUACAAGGAGUACCUUCUGAAGGACUACGAGGUCUUCCUGGGGCUGAUAAACCAGGAACGGUCCACAGCAUCCGGCUCAGUCUUCACCAGGACAGGACGGCAGCUCCCUGAGAAGACCGUGCAGAAUUUAAUUUAUCGUCAGCUGAACUACCGUGAGCUGCUCUGCACGGUACGAUUGAAUUACAUCGUCAAACAGCAUCGGUACGAAAGGAUCAAAUCACGGAUAGACAAGGUCGAGAAUCUGGGUCCGGGUAAGAGCAGCAUAGAGUACGAAGAGCUUUGCCUGCAGCAGAUAGCCUACAGGGAUAAGCUUGACGAACGUGAUCACGAAAUGGAGAAGCUUCGUAACAGUAUAGAACGAUUUGCCUAUAUCUUAUCUCAGUACAAGGAGAAGGCAUGGGGCUUCGAUAUGGACGUGAAGAAGAUGAACAUUGAAAUGAUCAGAAUCAACGUGAAGACCAAUGCCGCACGUAAGAAAGUGAACAACAUUCAUUCCCUGUUGGCCAGAGUGAGAAGCCAAUACAACGAAAAGAGACACGAGGCAGGACUCUUGGUUGCUCAACCCGUGUUACUGGAGAUGGAACGCACCCUGAAGAUCCUGGAAGGAUUAAAGGACGAUAUCGAAGCUAUUAAAAAUAAUAUUCGUCAUCUGCAGAGGACUGUGCGCCAUAAAGAUAGAAGUGAAAAGUCAGUGACGACACCGGUACUUGAAUAUAAACUAGCCAGCAAACCAGGACGCUCCUGAUCAACGUUACACGUGGAUGAACCACGGUUUCUACUUAGAGUUUAGUUUAUCUCUACGA